AUGAUAAAGUUUACUUAUUUUUAAAACGUGGAUUGAUGGCAUGGGUUACAUAAUUAACUAAUUUUUUGGCGAUAAGUAACAGCACUAGGCCUUACUUUGGUCAAAUAUUGGCGUCAUGGCGGAUCAAAGCACUUUAGCUACAGAUGUUCUCUCCUCCUUUGGGAAAACUCAAACAAUCUUUGAGUAUAUCAGGGGGUUGUUCCUAGGCCUAGAAGACAGAGUUCCGAAUGUCGUCCGUGACACUGACAGACAGAGGUACAAACAUUUUGUUGAAAACACUCUAGUGAUUGCCAACCAAGGACAGGACCUGUUGCCUAACAAAAGAAAUUACUCGACUGACCAGAUGUCAUCUCAAAAUGAUGUCGUAAUUCGAGUGGUAAAUAAAUUGUGUAAAAAACACGGGAAAAAAGCACCUGAAAAUGUCCUUACUUUCGGUUUUAUGUUUGGUCAGUGGGAUGGUCCUCUUUUAUUGGCUGCACCUAAUGCUGAUGGUUUCAAUAACUUCAACAAUUCUAAUUUUGUUCUGACUCCAUAUUGGAAGACACUAUACAGUAGGAUUGGAGAUGAAAUUAUGAUGCAUCUUCUGAGCGAAACAUCCAUUUUUGUCCGUUGUGGAUCAUCAACAACAUCUUACAUUCAAGUAACAGGCUUUCCAAUAUGUAACAUAGCUAGAGAAGUUGAAUGUAAACAAUCUGGCAAAGAUGAUACAUUAGUAACUUCCAUAGCGACCAGUUUUCCUUAUGAAGAAAAAAGACCAGUAAACAAUGGGAUGUUGAAUACAAUCAGAUCAUAUCAGUUCAUCGAUGUUUGUUAUAUGAAAAGUGGAAGGGAAAAAUUGCCAAAAUCUUGUUUAAUUGAGCAGGGGACAAGCAACAGAAUAAUUCGUCAACUUGCAACUUCAAUCUUCUUUAGUUGGAAAAUGACAGAAACUAAAGCAAAGCUCAAGAGGCUUCCGAAACGCUACUUGAAAAUCGAGAAGAUAUUGAAGGAGUUGUUAGAACGGCACAAAGCGUGUUCUGUACUUAAACUAUUGGAUUUCAACUGUCCUGUUUCUAACUCAUGUGGAAAAGCACCUACUACUAAACUGAAAUGCAAAGGUACUGACCAUCAAAAAUCCUGCCCACAGUACCAACUUCCAGAUGAUCUUGAGACACUCAUUGCCAUGACUACAACCAAGGAACAGGUCUUUAAGUUUGUGAAGAACAGAAUUCUUCAGGCCGUUCCAUUAUCCAUGUGGGGGUCAACAUAUAACAGAAAUGCAUUUCUAAAUUUCGUCAGAAAAUUCCUGUUUAUUGGACGAAAAGAGGAAUUGAAGUUGCAUGAGCUAACAUCAGUGUUUAAGGUUGCUGACUGUAAGUGGCUGUACCUGGAAAAUGAAGCCAACCUUUCAAAGCUGCCACGACAAACACUUAGGAAACAGCAAGAAAUAGCAUCUGACCUGUUGCAUUGGCUAAUGCAGGACUAUGUUAUGCUACUAAUGAAGACCGCUUUUUACAUUACUGAGACAAGUGUAUCCCGAAAUGGUUUAUCAUUCUAUCGUAAAGUCGUCUGGAAUAAGAUUCACAAGUUGGCAAUAGAAGGUGAGUUGAGGAAUGGGACGUUUAAGCUCAUAUCUCAGGAAAGUGCAAUUAAGUUAAUGGCCAACCAUAAAAUUGAAUCUUCCACUUUGAGAUUUUUGCCUAAGAAGUCGAGUUGCCGCCCAAUAGUCAAUACCAAGAAGUCUACAACUGAUGGUAGAAAGUUCUAUUAUUCUAAGCAACAGUUAUUUGAUAUUCUAACUUUUAUUGUGAAGAACAAGCCUGCAAUUGUUGGAUCAUCGGUUCAAGGGUUUUUUGAAGUUCACUCACAGUGGCAGAAUUUUGUAACUAAACACCAAAGUUCUACUUCUGCAAAAGCUCCCUUGUAUUUUGUAAAAAUGGAUAUUGCAAAAUGUUUUGAAUCCAUUUUGCCAGAAAAGCUGAUGACCAUCAUUGCAGCGGCUCUUAAGCAAAUCAAGGGAAGCCCUUUUAUAAUCAGUCACUAUGCAGUUGUUUCCAAACAAGGCCAAAGAAUUAUCAAGAAGCACAAAAGAAAGGUUUCAACAAUGGUGGACUUUAGAACGGAUUUUAUUUCUACACUUGCCAGAAACUCGUAUCGUAACAAUUGUGUGUUAAUAAACAAGGCCUGGAAUGACGUUCAACAUCCACAAAAUCUUCUUACCACGUUGAAGAAAGUGUUGAAAAAUGAUGUUGUCAAGGUUGGCAGCAAAUACUAUCUGCGCACGUGUGGAGUUGGCCAAGGCUCCAUGUUAUCUACUUUAUUAUGUAAUUUAUAUUAUGGGUACAUGGAACAUGCUCACUUGAAUGGACUAGAUCAAGAUGGGAUUUUGCUACGACUGGUUGAUGAUUUUCUUCUUGUAACACCACAUCGUGCCAAAGCUGAGAGAUUCUUGAAUAUUCUUCUCACUGGCAUUGCAACAUUUGGGUGUAAGGUUAGAUUUGAUAAGACCCUCACCAAUUUUGCAUUUUCUUACAAUGGACAGGCGAUCAAUUCAGCUUCAGGAUUGUUUCCAUGGUGUGGAAUUCUUAUCAACCCGGAAACUGUUGAGUUAUAUAAUGAUUACUCCUGCUAUGUGGAUAUUGAUUUGCGCUAUACAAUGACAGUUGUGAGAGAAGGAGAUUUGAUCAGAAACAUGAAAAGGAAACUUUGCCAACUUAUGUUCACGAAAUAUGUGCAGUUGUUUAUUGACCCCGUGAUCAACAAACCAAGGACGUGCUUGAGAAAUAUAUAUGAACUGUUUCUACUGAUGGCAUGUCAUUUCCAUUCUUAUCAGCUUACUUUGCCACAAGCAUUUAAACCACAACAGAAUCCGAAAGUCUUCUUUCGUUUGCUUCAUUGGCUGUUUCUGAAAAUCUACAAUGUUGCCAUGAAGAAUUUUAUUAAACCUGGUCAACCAGCAUCUAUUGAAAUUACUCGGUCUGAAAUUAUCUGGCUUGGCUGUAAAGCAUUAAUAACUAAGCUUGCACUGUAUCCAGCAUUGUACAAGAAAUUGAUUGUGUUAUUACGUAAACAAAAGCAACAAACACCAAAGAUUGUGAAAGUUCGGCUAAUGGAUGCCACCGUGCCAGCCAUCCCAGAGGCAUUCAGAAAGAUUGUAUCCUAAAACUGGGCACUCGCUGCGCAUGACGGUCGUCGGCCGAUAGGAUUCUACGAAGGACUCAACAGCAAGGCGCGUGCAACGGGUCGUUUUAAUUGAUGAUCCAUUUGGACUGUCACCGACAAUGAGCAGACAGCACUGCAUCAUCAACGGCUCACAGGGAGCGAAGUUGGAUUUGUCCCUUCCUUUUACAAUUAAAUGCAGGGCGGGAUUGUCAAUUUCCUCCUUUAAAAAGAUACUUAAGCUUCAUCUCCUUGACGUGACCGGUACACAUAACAUUGUUUAAUAUAUUUGGUUGUUCUUAUUUGGGCGUGCUUCUUUUUUACAUAAUGAUAUUUAUAUAUAUUUUUUUUACAUAGCUUUUAAGGAAAACAAUUAAAUAUAUUUUUAUACUAUUUUUAAAAAACUAUAAAAACAUUUAUUGAUGUUUCGUUUUUCUCUAUGAAUGUGCUGUUUUUGCUGUUUGCUCUAUUUUAUGUCUCUUUUGUAAUUUGUCUGUUGUGAUGAGGACUCCCCUGAAAAUCAGCUUCGCUGAGUGGGACAUUUCCUCUUAAAAUAUUAAUAAAAGAAAAGAAAGAUAACAUUUAAUGUGUUUCUAAGGCCAGGCUCACUAUGCCGAUGGCGUAUCUAGGGGAUCUAGGGUGAUACCUUCAUAAAAAAGACUUGGUGUGGCCCCCUUCCCUCACUCAUUGUUCCUCAAAAAAUCAUUGUCAGUAGUUAAAAAUUACCUCAAAUCACUCAAAUUUUGCUAGCUAGCACCCCCACUUAAUUAUUGAGCCCCAUAUUCUCAAUUUAAUGCUGUUGGCCAACAACUGUUAGCACAAUGUAUGUAUGCGUAAUAGUAAUGAAUACACUUAAUUUUUUUUUUUUAAUUAAGUAUAAAGUACAUGAAAUAAGUCAAAAUGCAAUCAUGAAUAUGCUAUUGUGUUAAAUGAUUUGUUUUGCCAACUGGUGUGAUUUUUUCAUUUUUGUAUAUGUUGUGUGACAUUGUUAAAGGAUAUAAGAAAAACAAUUAUAUAGGAAUAUUGUGUUUAGUUUUUGCGCACUUCUAGACGAAUGCUGGUUGAAAUGAAUUCUGUAUAGUGGUCUGUUGAAAAGAGAUUCAUAUACUCUGCAGAAACUUCAAAAUUCUUGCAUCUAGACUCAUUCUUUUUUGUGAAAAACGCACUCCUACCGCUCCCCUUAUUCGUAAACUUCAUUGGUUGCCUGUCUAAGAAUGAAUUCAAUUCAGAGUUUUUCUCUUCUGCCCUUUGUAUAUUUCCGAUUACCUAAUACCAUUUGCGCUAACUAGAUCUUCCAACUCCAUCCAACUUUGUUUGACCGGUCUACCAUAAAGGGAUUGGUGACAGUUAAUUUCCUUCAAUGUUGCUGCCCAACUUUGGAAUGGUCUGCCUAAUUUUCUUAGUUCUUGCGAUUCGCUUAGGCAGUUUAAAGCCCAUCUAAAAACACACCUAUUUCAGUAGUUUCCUGUCACCUUAAGAUCUUAUUUGUUUAUUGUUUUGUUUGUUUCCUUAUUUUUCUAUCGAAACUUUUUUUUCAUUCUUUUUUUACCAUGUUAUUAAAAUUAUAUUAAAGGAAUAUUGUAUCAUAUCGUAACUUGUUUCGCGAAAUUAUGUUUUUAAAGAUCUUCAAAAGAGGGCGGAAAAGAAAUAAAAAUAAAAGUUUGUUUUCUCUACAAAUAGGUUUGCCAAAAACAUUCAGACGGAGGAGAAAAUAUAGAUACAAUUUUAUUGGUGAAUGUAAACAGUGUAGUAAUAGGAUGGUUUUAAUUUAUAUAAUUAGGAAGAAAUAUACAUAUCUUAUUUUUGAAAAUUUUAAGGCAGACAUGUGCGCUAAUUGACCAAAAAUGAAAUUUAAAUUAUAUUCGAAAUCAUCAUUAUUGGUGGGUGGCGGGUUCACUGAAUAAGCUAUAAAAAAAAAAGUCUCACCUUAGCGAACAUUGCGAAGAUCUGAAUCCGCGCAUGAAGAGGCCACCCCUGUACUCAUUUCAUUUAUUUAUUUUGCACAAAGGCCAUGACUUUUACUGUACUUGUAUACACGCAUAUAGUAAAACAACGUGCAUAAUAUAAACUCCACCAAGCGUAUAUAACUGUAAAAAUAGUCA